AUGCUAUACAAAAGAAAAACAAUUCUAUUGUUACUGAUUUUAUUGUCUGUGUGGGUGGCACAUAGGGAAUAUCAUUUCAGCAUAAAGAAACUACAGAGGAUGUAUCAGUGCUGGUCUCUGGGUAAUCAACCAGAAGAAUUAAAGCUAUCAGACUGGUUUUAUCCCACUGCACACAUGAACUUGACUACCAAAUGGUCAGCUCCAGUUGUGUGGCAUGGCACUUACAAUGAAAAGGUCUUGAAAAAUUAUUAUGCACAUCAUAAAAUUACUGUGGGGUUGACUGUAUUUGCUGUUGGAAGAUACAUUGAUUUCUAUUUGCUUAGAUUUAUGUUAUCUGCUGAUAAGUUUUUUAUGAUUGACCAAAAAGUCAUAAUGUAUGUCAUGGUAGAUGACUUCUCCAAGAUGCCUUGGAUACAUCUGGGUCCCCUCCGUUCACUCAAAGUUUUUGAAAUUAAACGAGAGAAGAGAUGGCAAGAUAUCAGUAUGAUGCGCAUGAAGACCAUCAGUGAGCACAUUGUUGAUCACAUCCAAUAUGAAGUUGACUUCCUCUUUUGCAUGGAUGUGGACCAAAUCUUUGAAAGCACAUAUGGACUGGAAACUCUGGGGGAGUCAGUGGCUCAGUUACAUGCGUAUUGGUACCAGGCAAAUACUACUAUAGUGCCUUAUGAAAGACGUCAAUUUUCAGAAGCAUAUAUACCUGUGGGUAAGGGAGAUUUUUAUUACCAUGCUGCUGUUUUUGGUGGCACUCCCAUUACGGUUCUAAAUAUUGCCCAGGAGUGCUUAAAAGGAAUCAUGAAGGACAAGAAAAAUAACAUUGAAGCUGUGUGGCAUGAUGAAAGCCACUUAAACAAGUAUUUCUUUCUCCAUAAACCUACUAAAAUCUUGUCACCGGAAUACUGCUGGGAUUAUCGUAAAACAAUGACUUCUGAUAUUAAGCAUGUUAAACUAUCUUGGGAUUUUAAAGCUUAUGAACUUGUUAGAAAGAAAAUGUAA